GAGAGAUUGCAAGAUUAAUGCCACUGGUAGAGCCCACCAUACUAGACGAUGCGAUCGCAAGUGCGCGAAAACUGGAAGCUGGAGAAUACUAUACCGGCAGAAGAAAGGAGAAUAACCCAGCUAAUGACGCCAUCAGCAGCCUAAUGAAACAAGUACAAGAAAUGUCAUCAAAGCUGACCACGAUGAUAAGAGAGAAGAAAAAUACUAGAAACCAGAGUUACCGACCCACCAGAUGCUUCAAUUGUGGAAGACAAGGACAUAGAGCCCGUGAAUGCCCCAAGCCAAGGAGACUGCCACCACAAGUUGCCAACCCUCGUGACGUGAACCUAUGCGAAGGUGAAUUGAGUAAGGAACCUACUGGAAGAACUGUGAACCAGCCACGACAAACAGAACAAACACGACCGGCACAACAAGAAGAGCACAUCCAAUCAACACAACCAGUAGAAAUGGAGAUCACGGUAGAACCUGCAAAGAAGAAUGUCACACCACGAGUUAAGUGCCAGAGAGGACCGUCAGUAGUAGACCAAGCACUCCUAUACAACGUUGCAAAAGAUUUGUUGAGUCAGAGAGCUAAUGCCACGUAUGCCCAACUAUCGCAAAUUCCGAAGCAACAACAGCACCUGGCACAAGUAUUGAAACGACCUAUCAUCACUCCCGCGGAAGUUGAUUAUGUGAAAGACCAGCCCAACGAACCUCAGCAGCUAGAUAUAAUAUGA